AGUGAUGCGAUAUCGAGUUCUAUCAGGGAUUAUAAUGAGCCUUCUUGGUUUAAGAGAAAACUGUAAGAGGAAGCACCAGCUUAGACUACCUCAUCUUUGUAUGCGCAUGUUAGAAACAUCUUUUUCGCAUCUAGUGACUUAAUCUUCCAUACUCUCUUCAAGAUCAACAAAAUGGUGGAUACUACUCUUUCGUUGGACAGCUUGCUUGGUAUCUCAGUGGCGAAAGCCCUGUGCAAUACCAGUUAUGAGAAGCGGAAGCAGGCGGCCCUUGAGGUGGAGAAGCGAAUUCGUGACGCAAAUCAUGAGACAAUACGACAGACGCUUCUCAUCUUGCGCGACUACAUUGAGUCACCUACACCGAACGCGCGCAAAGGCGGCUUGAUCGGUCUUGCAGCGGUAGCAUUGGGGCUGGACAAUCACAACUUCCUCUUCCAUUUCGCACAGCCAGGAGCAGUAGCGCUGUAUGGCAGGACUUGCCGACUUAUAAUCUGUUGAUGUUCGUCUUCGUUGUAUUAGAAAUUCACUUUUAACAUUUCUGCGAGAAGUAGAAGACACCAUACUAACAACAAGACGAUUAAAGAUCGAUAGGUUCUCGCUUCUCCCAUUUCUUCAUUUGCUCCCUGGUGGUCGUCUAGCGCGUCCGCAUGACUUUUUCUCGCGCAUGAUAGCAGAGCAUUAUCCGGUCGCAGAUGCGAAGGAGGACGUCGAUGCUUCUGCGCAGCAGUUGGGCGGUUUGUCUGCAGGCGGUCUUUCGGGUGACGAAAAAGCAUCGUCACUCUCUUCUGCAAUGACUGGAAGACAGGAGCAUUAAGGCGAGUAGUAUUUCUAGAAGCCACUGCUAUAAUAUAUACGGAGUGAUGAAAUAUAGGAGAGGUACGUUGUACUUAACCACAGUUGUGUGUCGAGGGCGAGUCAGGUAAAAGAUCGGGUCUUCUAAUCUCAACGCACGCGACUUUUAGCCAGAGACGAAGUACUCGACUUUAGUCGCACGAUCCAAGACUACAUGGCAUUGCUGAUUCCACCGGUUCUCACCGUCUUCGAGGAUGAGCACCCUCGAGUCCGGUAUUACGCCUGCGAAGCUCUUUACAACAUUGUCAAAGUCGCUAAAACCAAUGCUUUCGUUUUCUUAUGGUUUGCCAUUCACUCUAGUAGAUACAGCUAAGUACACAUUUAUCAGGAUCAUCGACGAUCCAGAACUAGAACGCGACCGUCCGCAGUCGUGUUUUUUAAUUAUACCACGCUCAAGCAGUUUUUUAUGCUUGCUGUCUUCUCUUGCCGCAGGAGCUCUUCUAAUCUUCUUCAACGAGAUUUGGGAUGGAUGUGGAAGACACAUCGCGGACAUGGAUAAGGAAGUGAAGAGCGGUGCAGUCUACCUAGACAAGGUUCUGAAGGACAUCCUGACCGAAACACCAGUAGCCAAACAAUGGUGGCACUCGAAUCAAAUUUAUGAUGAAAGUUAACUUUUUGGAUGAAAAAGAUGUGCAGCCGUUUUUACUCUCAUUCGAGUUCAGAAAUAGGACUAGGAAGGCUACUGCCUUCAAGAAGCGCUACAUUUUAGCUGUUUCAGAAGCGCGAUGAAGCGUGUUGAACUUGUGAUUUUUUUCUUGUUUUAUAUAUUUAUAAAUUAGGCUUCAUCUCGCUUGUCAGGUUACUCUCCAAAACAUCUCUACUUCACGAGUUGCAGCAUCUUCUUGGCUCGGGUCCUAGCGACGCGGGUGAGAUGUUUCUUGACACAGAUGAUGAAGCGAUGGCCUUGCACCCGUCUGCUGGGGCGGUGGUCAAUCUGGCAACAUUCAUGCCGCUUUUAGCGCAAAGGAUUCUAUCCAAGAACCCCUUUCUCCUGUCGUUUUUAGUCGGCUGGGUCCAGCUUCUGCAAUCCAUACCAGAUUUGGAUUUGUAUCCUUAUGGCUGCUCUGUGAUGUCUUUCGGUGUGUAGAUUUCGAGAUAUUGUGAGUUUGAGUCACGGUGAUCUUCUCAUUUGUUUGAGAUUCACUACUGCAAAUGACGGAGUAGCUGCUGCCCAUGCAGGUGGUGCUAAUCCCACUAACUCAUUCCAUCCAAAUAUUAAUGAAUACAUUUAGUGUUGUUCCUCUUCAUGAGCAGCAUCUUCCGGAUUUUCUCCCUGGCCUCUUCGGAAUGCUAAGUGAAACGGUGAAGGACAUCCGUGUCAAAGCGGACCAGUGUUUGCGCACCUUCUUGGAUGACCUACGAUCCACUCAGACGCCGAUGAAACGGCAGCAAGUGAUUUACUCCACCGUUAAAAUCCUAGCGCAGAUAACUCGGAGUGAGCGCAUGUCCUUGCUUUCUCGCACCAGCGCACUUUACUGGAUACAGACAUACGUGGAUCUCACAGCGGACAACAUGAUGGAAGGUACUCGUACUUACUAUUAACUUGAUAGAACAAUUCGUUCUAGGUCGUGGACGACAGAAAGGGAAUCCAGAUCCACUCAAGAACUACUCAUUAUCCAUUCUUACACAGCACCGGACUUAGUUCCGCUGAGCUCGCCUGAGGAAGUGGACUCUUUUGAGCUUUUACCGGUGUUUCUCUCGGGGGUUUUGUGUUGUUUGGAUUCGCAGGACCGUGAGCUGGCGAAAAUCGCAGUGGAGACCCACUCCGCUCUAUUGGAGAUCGUAGAUAGUUCUGGCUAUGGUCGCUAUUUUUCACGGUCACUUCUGCGCGCCCUGAUCCACGUGUUUCAGAGGGAGAUGGCGGCCAAGAGAGCGCGGCGCCAGAGCGGGCCGGGAGGCAGCGCGUUUCAGCAGCAGGGCUCGCUCCCGGCAGAGCAGCUCGGCGGCGAAAACGCUUCUGGCGCGAGCGGUGCAAAUCCGCCUUCAGACCUGAAGGAAGAGCCAACCGUUGAUGACGAUGUAGUGCUAAAAACGGCCAGCCUGCAGUGGUUGUGCAUGCUUUUAUCGAAUAAGCCAGAUCAGAUGCUGGAGUUGUCAAUGGAUCUCUUCGAUCCUCUAUUCGAAACGCUGUCGCACCCCGACACCGAGGUCGUCAUUGCUGCACUACAAGUUUUAGCGCGCAUCAUGACGGCCAGUCGCGAACACCUACAGUUACAUGCAGCUAGUACAACUGGAGAGGGAAAAAUAGGUGGACAAGGCGGCGGGGAAGCUUCCACUGCUGCAGAGGGUGCAACUGGAGGGCGUCAGAGCGAGCGAAGCAGUUUGUCCUCAACAGCUGCUAUUUCCAGUAAUCUCUACACAACGACUGGACGUGGGCCCUUAAGCACAGCGCUGGGGACUAAUGCAGCACGGGUUUCAGCAUUUGAUGCAUUAUUGAGUGGACCUCAAGUUGGCGGGGUGCAAGAAAUGCUGAACCCGUUGAACAUCGAUCCAGACGGACCAGGGGUUCGGCUAGGAGUCAAUCAAGCCGCUUCCUCGAGUAGUUUGAAUCUGGGGAUGAGCAACCUGGGGGGAUAUGGUGGUGUAGCCAGGACUAGUGGACCAGGAGGUGGUGCUUCGGGCUUGGGAACUUCUUCUAGGGACUACAUCCCUGGAUCGGGACGCGCUGCAUCGAGCAAACCUAGCAAGCAGCACUUGCGGCUCUUCCAGUUGUUUCCGGGGGUGUGCCGCAAGCUCUUAGACUUAUUUCGUGUAGAUCCACAGAUGUUCGACCAACGAGGGCGCUUAGUCAUCCGCCAGCUCUGUGAUAAACUGGACUGUGAGCCAUUUUAUCGCACAAUAGCGGAGCUCGUGCGCCAGGAUUCAUUGCUGUUCCUUGGGCAGCAUAAUUAUGGCAGAAGUAAAGAUAAAGUUGUGCUUGUGGUUGUGGGGAGUAAGGGCAUUGUCUCGUGACCUACCUGCUGCGUUGUACUCUACUAUUGCAGGAAUUACUUGGGCUCAGUAACACGAAAAGUUGUAAACACAGAUACAACGAAGAGUUUUUCCUGUAGUGCCGCUCCUACCUACAACAAUAUCUAUAUCAUCCAGCCCUCCUCCUGUAACAACCCUUCAUGUCAUUGUCGUCUCACGUGCGAACAAUAGCUGGUCCUACACUAGUCGGGUGGAGCGCGACCGGCAUCGGCAGUUUUUAGCUCAAACUGUAGAGAUCUACAAUUGGAUCCUGCUGACAAGUCGGGAGACACAUAAUUUCCGAGGUAAUCUGCUGCGGGAAACCCCCGGAGAAUCCAUCGACGACAGGUUUCUAGACGUGGUCUUACUUUUAUGACUAGGAAGAUUUUCUUGGCCAGUUGUAGAAGUACAAGUUGUAUCUGUUAAUUUGGUUUUUUAUUUUGAAUACUUAUCACCAGAGUACGGGACCAUAAGUCAUUUUUCUUUGAGGUUGGUGGAUGUUUUUGCGCUGUAUGAAGUCGCAGGAUGCUUCUGUCUAAUGAAGGAGCUUGAAGCGGCCGAGAAGGUGGGUGGUUCAGUAGGUGGCAGUGCGCGCUCUCGAUCUCCGAAGAAGAAGGACGACUCGGCAUACUUAUCGGGGAAUGACGCGGGUACCGGAGUAAAUGCUACAAACAAAAAAGAUGAACCAACUGGAGCCGGAGCAUGUGGACAAAAUGUAAAAACCACGGCGACGUCGGCAGGUAGUAAAACAUCGAGUAGCAGCGUUGUUGGCGGCGCGAAGAAUCCCUCCGAUGUUCCUGCGUCAAAAAAUGACGACAAACUCGGCAAAAGUGGAGGUACGCCGAAGGCAGAUACUCCAGGUACCGCAGCAUCGGAAGACGCUUUUACUGACCGCGCGGACUUACUAAAUGCGACGCCCUCACUCUUUCUGUCGCUUCUGAUCCCAUGGCUCUGCGAUCCCUUGAGCGCUCUUGCCCUGGCGCUGUGGUGCGAGCAGUACAGCCUCGCGCAUGUGCUAGCACAAAAGAUCGGGGCCCUCGGCAAAAGUGACGCCAACUUCCUGAAUCAAUUAGACCAGUUAGUACACCUUUUCGAGAGCCCGGUAUUUCUGUUAUGAAGAAACAGAGAAAGGGAAUUAAUGCGUUCACAUUGUGAUUUAUUAUAUUUUCAUCGUAUUAUUUUAUUUUUGUCAUUGUCGCGUCCAGUUGUCUGUGCCUCAUCUGAUGAAUGAUCUGCAGGUCUUGAAAGUUGAAUCAGUAUAAAUAUGAUUUCUAGAUGUUGAUGUCCAAGAUGUUCAUCGACUACUUAUAUAUUGAGAUGACUGUCUGUCUUUGCUUCAUUUUCCCGUGCCCGCAUGCGUCUGUUGGAUCCCGCUGGUAACGCGGAACUGUUGAAAACGCUAGCAGCUCUUUGCAUGAUUCUUCCGCAAGGUAGUGCCUUUGAAAUGCUUCAAAAGCGUUUGGCGCUAGUGUCCUGCUCCCGAGGUCUCUUGCCCGCAGGAGGUGUCGGAGACGCCAGGGACUUAGAUUUAUGGCUUCGACCAAUCCAUCUUCAAGAGCAUGCUUCCUUGCCCCUUUUUCUACUUGAAAAAGAAGCUAAGGAUGGCCUCAGGCAUGCGAAAGCGGCUUCUCCAAUUAUAGAUGCGGCAGAAGCACAGGGAGGCGAAGGUCAAGGAGGUGCAUCCUCAUCGGCUAAAAACAAAAAUAGUAGAAGGGUGGAAAUGCCCAUGACGCAAAUCCGCAAGAUAGUGCGGCUAUGCGAUGCGUUUUUUGUUGGAGAAUGCGGAUAGCGAUGGCGACUAAGAAUCUGAUGGAUUCAGACUUGUUUUGUCGUUUGUACUCGGAAUAGCGGAUUUAUCGAAGUUACCACUCCCUCCACGGGAUUAGUUCUUUCCCACACACUGCUGAGCCUGUUUUUCAUUGUUAUCUAUCGAAACUAAGAGAAAAGCUAAAGCGCUACUGGAUCCGGA